CAGGAACAUAAAAGCCGCUGCGGCGGCAGCGGGAGGCGGAGACGCACGAGCUGUGGCCGCACCAUGCACGUGAACGGCAAAGUGGCGCUGGUGACUGGCGCGGCUCAGGGCAUCGGCAGAGAGUUUGCAGAGGCGCUGCUGCACAAGGGUGCCAAGGUAGCGCUGGUAGAUUGCAAUCAUGAAACAGGUAUGAAGUGUAAAGCUUCUCUGGACGCGCAGUUUGAACCUCAGAAGACUCUGUUCAUCCACUGCGAUGUGGCCGACCAGGAACAACUGAGAGAUACUUUCAGAAAGGUUGUAGACCACUUUGGAAGACUGGACAUUUUGGUCAAUAAUGCUGGAGUGAAUGAUGAGAAACACUGGGAAAAAAUGCUGCAAAUUAAUUUGGUUUCUGUCAUCAGUGGAACCUAUCUUGGUUUGGAUUACAUGGGGAAGCAAAACGGAGGUGAUGGUGGUAUCAUCAUCAACAUGUCGUCUAUGGCAGGACUCCUGCCAAGUGGACAACAGCCUGUUUACUGUGCUUCCAAGCACGGCGUAGUUGGAUUCACGCGCUCGGCAGCGAUGACUGCUAAUCUUAUGAAAAGUGGUGUGAGAAUAAAUGCCAUUUGCCCAGGCUUUGUUAAUACCCCCAUCCUCGAAACCAUUGAAAAAGAAGAAAACAUGGGACCGUAUAUAAAAUAUAAGGAUCACAUCAAGGAUCAGAUGAAAUUCUUUGGGGUUAUGGACCCAUCAGUGAUUGCCAAUGGAUUAAUAACACUCAUCGAAGAUGAUGCUUUAAAUGGCGCUAUUAUGAAGAUCACAAAUGCUAAGGGGAUUCAUUUUCAAGACUACGAUGCAACACCAGUGCAUGUGAAAGCUCAGUGAACAUCUUCUGCAUCAGCCAUCUCUGCAAAUAAACACAAGCGGCUUAUACUCAGACCAUAUCUUCAUUUGAAUAUAGUUUUUUAAAUAAAAUGUUAUUAUUUUACUCUUGCCUUCAUGCAUUUGAUGUUAAUUUUUCCUAUGCAAUUAGUCAAGUAUACAGAUUCAAAAAUAGAAACCAUCAAAAAUAUGAUAUGGACCAAAGCUAGAUUUUGAUUCUUAUAGUUCGAGUAAUGAUUAUGACAAAGGAUAUUCAAGGAAUAUUCUGCUUUUCAGAAAAUGUAUUUAAAUCUGUGAUUCAUAAAUAUUAAUGUUUUUCAGAACAUCAUUUUAAAGGAGAUACUUGAAUGUUAUUUAAAUCAAGCCAGAUGUAAAAAAAAAAACACCUCAUUUUGUUUCAAUAUUAGCAUUUUAAAACAGCGAGGCUACUUUCAAUGGUAAAUCUUUAGUAACGAUAACUUUUAUUUAUAUGCCAUCUUUCAGCUGAACAGUUCAGCUCCUUAAAAAUGUGACACAUUUGGGGGCCAGUAGUUAAGGAAUAAAUUACAGUGUCAUGUAUCCUAGAUGAAAAAUCUGAUGUAUAGAAAAAUGACAGAAUGUAACUGGCUGAGAUGUUGAUCCACAGCUCAGCUUCCCAUCUGGGGAGACAUUUCUUUCCUCUUUGCUUACUUUAAGAACUUUCAUUGAUUCCAAGAAUCUCAGGAAUGAAACUUUUAACAGUUACAGCAAAAAGGAUAGUUGUUGCUCCUAAAAUGUUGUGUUUAAGAUAUGCUCAUUAAGAAAAAAAUAAAAAUGUUAUUUUUUUCAGAUUACUUCUUUGUUUAUUUGUACCAACUUCAAAAAUGCCUACCUGUUGGUGAAACUUUUUUUUCUGAUCUCCAGAAAUUAUUUAGUGUUCUCUAGCUAUGAAGAAGAGGAAACCAAUUUUGUCACAGCCUGAACAUGUUCAAAGCCAUUAUCACAAGAGGUAAAAAUAACUGUGAUUUUUUUUCUGUUUUCUGUCAGGGAUUUUAAGAUACAAUCAUUAAUUAUACCCACAUUAGGUAAUCCUAUUUGCAAGCAAUAAUUAAUGCUAAUAAUAGCAAAAGCACAACAUUUUUAUUCAACCAUUUCUUCUUAUCAUUUAUAGAAAAUACAAAAUAGGAAUAUUGUAUAAGUGAUUCACCCUGUCAGCUAACUCUAGAGCUCUCAGCUUGGAACAAAAUCCAUCCGUGGGAGAUGAAUACGUACUUCCUGGAGAUGCUGGAGUGCUGCCGCGUGUUGCUCUGUUGUAAUUCUGCCAUAGAGAACAAACUGUUUACUUCUAAGAAGGAAUUUGAAUAUGAGUAACAGUUGUCUAGCUCUUUACAUAAUGUUUUUUCAAAUUUAUUUAUUUUCAGAGAGGGAAGGGAGGGAGAUAGAGAGAGAGAGAGAGAAACAUCAAUGUGCGGUUGCUGGGGGUCAUGGCCUGCAACCUAUGCAUGUACCCUGACUGAGAAUCGAACCUGUGACACUUUGGUUCACAGCCCGUGCUUAACAUAAUGUAUUUUUUAAAACACACCAAGGAAUGAACAUCAGCGAACAUCUAAUAAAGUUAUAUGACUAGGCACAGACUUGCUCAUGCGUUGUGGCAGUCACCAAUUAGUGAACCAUAUGGGUACUGUAUGUAGUGGACAUAUCUAGUGGACAAUAUCACUUAUUGUCUAUAUCUUUCAACUGUAAUGUUCAAAGUUGUAGCUGACACUUUUCAUUUAUGGAUAAUUCUUUGCAUUGGCAGCUUUCCGUAUACUUUCUACUUCGAUUUUUUUCCAAAUCCAUAAACUGCCGACAUUUAACACUGAGUAGAAUUGAAAAAUAUGAUUUAUAUUUUAAAAAGUUGUUUUACAUUGAAAUUUAUCUUCUUUAAAUAGCUUUAAAUAAAUCUAUAAUGUUAUAUGAUAUCUCUAUGUACUGGUUGAGAAAAUAAAUAUUAAAUUUGGGGGAGCUUUGUUUCCUUAAUUGUUUUUUUUAGUGAAAGUUCUAAUGUGAAUAAUAUGUAUUUUUUUCUAAUAAAUGAAGUGGGGCUUGCAGAGCAGCAAAACUAAAGAUGUGUGGAUGCUAAAAAAAAGGCUGAGAUUUGAUAAUGACAUUGAAAUAUCCAACUCAUUUUUUUUUUCAUAGAAAAAUAAUUUUAGGUACUUGUAGUACCAUUGAAGAUACAAGUGAUUAUGUAAUGAUUUCUGUCUGUUUUUGCUCUAUUUGUUCAUAAAUUAGGAUACAAAAGAGGUCUGAAAAUGUACAUUUUUAAUAAAAUAUAAAUCCUUUCACAUACUAAA